AACAUGACUUUAUCUCCCUUGCAGAUUUCUCAGCAUAAUGCUGGAGCAGGAGGCUGGCGGCUGGCAGUUUUCAAGAUGGCGGAGCUGGACGCUGACUUGGAUCACAUCAUCCCGUCUUCUGUCCUGUCCCCUUUCUGGGCUAAGUUAGUAGUAGGAUUCGUUUCCCUCGUGUGUUUUGCCAGGAGCUAUGAUGGAGAUUUUGUCUUUGAUGACUCUGAAGCUAUUAUUAACAAUAAGGACCUCCAAUCAGAGACACCCCUGGGGGACCUGUGGCACCAUGACUUCUGGGGCAGUAGACUGAGCAGCAAUACCAGCCACAAGUCCUACCGACCACUUACUGUCCUAACCUUCAGGAUCAACUACUAUCUGUCUGGAGGCUUCCACCCCGUGGGGUUCCAUGUGGUCAACAUCCUCCUGCAUGGUGGCAUCUCCAUCCUCAUGUUAGACGUCUUCUCAGUGCUGUUCGGAGGCCUGCAGUACACUAGUAAAGGCCGGAGGGCACACCUGGCCCCCAGAGCGUCCCUGCUGGCCACACUGCUGUUUGCUGUCCAUCCAGUGCACACCGAGUGUGUUGCUGGUGUUGUUGGCCGAGCAGACCUCCUGUGUGCCCUGUUCUUUUUAUUAUCUUUCCUUGGCUACUGUCAAGCAUUUAAAGAAAGUAACAAGGAGAGAACACAUUUCUCCACCUUCUGGGUGUUGCUGAGCAUCUUUCUGGGAGCCGUAGCCAUGCUGUGCAAAGAGCAAGGAAUCACUGUGCUGGGCUUGAAUGCUGUGUUCGAUAUCCUGGUGAUAGGAAAAUUCAACAUUCUGGAAACUGUCCAGAAGGUACUACAUAAGAACAAGUCAUUAGAGAACAUUGGCGCGCUCAGGAAUGGAGGCCUCCUCUUCCGAAUGACCCUGCUCACCCUUGGAGGGACCAGCAUGCUUUAUGUACGCUGGAAAAUCAUGGGUACGGGUCCACCAGCAUUUACCGAGGUGGACAAUCCAGCCUCCUUUGCAGACAGCGUGUUGGUUAGGGCCAUAAACUAUAAUUACUACUAUUCAUUGAAUGCCUGGCUGCUGCUGUGUCCCUGGUGGCUGUGUUUUGAUUGGUCAAUGGGCUGCAUCCCUCUCAUUAAGUCAGUUGGUGACUGGAGGGUAAUUGCUCUAGCAGCACUUUGGCUCUGCCUAAUUGGCCUAAUGUUCCAAGCCCUGUGCUCUGAAGAUGGCUGCAAAAGAAGAAUCCUGACUCUGGGUCUGGGGUUUCUUGUGAUUCCCUUCCUUCCUGCAAGCAACUUGUUUUUCCGAGUGGGCUUCGUGGUCGCAGAGCGUGUCCUCUACCUCCCCAGCGCUGGCUACUGCAUGCUGCUGACCUUCGGCUUUGGAGCCCUAAGCAGACACACUAAGAAAAAGAGACCAGUUGCUGCCAUUGUGCUGGGAAUUCUACUCAUCAAUGCUCUGAGGUGUGUGAUCCGAAGUGGGGAGUGGCGGAGCGAAGACCGGCUCUUUCGGAGUGCCCUGUCGGUGUGUCCCCUCAAUGCUAAGGUUCACUACAACAUUGGCAAAAACCUGGCUGACCAAGGCAACCAAACAGCAGCCAUCAGAUAUUACCGGGAAGCAGUCAGACUGAAUCCCAAGUACAUUCAUGCCAUGAAUAACCUGGGGAAUAUCUUAAAAGAAAGGAAUGAGCUACAGGAAGCUGAAGAGCUGCUGUCAUUGGCUGUCCAAAUACAGCCAGACUUUGCAGCUGCAUGGAUGAAUUUGGGCAUAGUUCAGAAUAGCCUGAAACGGUUCGAGGCAGCAGAGCAAAGCUACCGGACAGCAAUUAAGCACAGGCGGAAAUACCCAGACUGCUACUACAACCUUGGGCGGCUGUAUGCAGAUCUGAAUCGCCACGUGGACGCAUUGAACGCAUGGAGAAAUGCCACCGUACUGAAGCCGGAGCACAGCCUGGCGUGGAACAACAUGAUCAUACUCCUGGACAACACAGGUAAUUUAGCCCAGGCUGAAGCAGUCGGGAGAGAGGCACUGGAAUUAAUUCCUAAUGAUCACUCUCUCAUGUUCUCCUUGGCAAACGUGCUGGGCAAAGCCCAGAAAUACAAGGAGUCUGAAGCUUUAUUCCUCAAGGCAAUUAAAGCAAAUCCAAAUGUUGCCAGUUACCAUGGUAAUUUGGCUGUGCUUUAUCAUCGCUGGGGACAUCUCGACUCGGCCAAGAAACACUAUGAGAUCUCCUUGCAGCUCGACCCCGUGGCAGCAGGCACCAAGGAGAAUUACAGUCUGCUGAGAAGAAAGCUAGAACAAAUGCACAGAAAAGAUGGCUGAUCUCCCCUCACUGUUUUGAGUUUGUGUGUAUGUGCACAUGAGGCCUCGGUUCAACGUAUACAUUUGGGUUUAGCCAUUUAAAGUUCUCAGACUUUGUGUUUAUUACACUGUUAUUUUUUUUCCUCUAUGAAAACAAAUACAUGCAAAAAGAUUAUAGCACCAGCAAUACACUCUUGAAUGCUUGAGAGGACUUUUGACAUUGAAAUUGUAUUUUUUCAGACUACCCAAAUGUAAUUCUAAAAUCUCAAAAAUGAAGCCUUUUUGUUGUUGUUUUUUUAACUAAACAGAAAAAAAGGAGAAAAAAGUCAUCCUUAGCAACUUUUGCUCAUGUUAAACCUGCAUUUGGGGUGUGACUGUCACGAUGAGGAGGCGUGACCUAGCCAUGGCCAACUCCCACCACUUACAUGAGCAUCAUGUAUCUUAUGUGUCUGUGUGUUAGCAUAUUUAUUUAAUGAUAAGAAAGUAAAUUAAGAUUGGGGGGUUUUAUGUCUCUUUGCAAUAGUAUAACUUGAAGUUAUUCACUCUUUCGUGUUGAACGGGAUAACUAAUGGAAUGAAGAAGGGAAAUUUUUAACAUCUGUCAUAUCUGUAUUUUUUUUCUUUCAUAGGAAGGUAUUGACUCCCAAGCUUUUUGGAGUAUGUGUGUGUGUUCCAACAUGUAUGAUGUUAGUAUAUAGGAUAAUGUUCUACAGAAAACUGCCACUGGUGGUACAGCAACCCUGCUGUGUUUAGGCAAAUACAGGCAGUUUAAUGUCUUGGUUUCUGUUCUGUCCAGGGUUCAGAGGUCUGUGUUUUUAUGUUUUUAUCUGUGGAGUGGGUUCCCAUUUCACGUAAUGUACCUACAGACAUUACUCUAUCCAGAAAAUGCAAAAAGGUAAAUUUUCUUACAAAAGAAGUCCAACUUCUGGAUUGUGUGAUGUUUUUUAAGAAUGUGUUGGGUUUUUUUCCCUUGUCUUAUUAGACCUCAACCAUUUGUUUAGUUUGUUUUUUAUAUAUUGUUGACCUAAUAACUUAUUCAAUCCCUGUAAUUUCUAUGGCAGUAAAAUCAUCACACAAACGGGCA